AUGCCAAGCAGACAAUGCUCACUGCUAACGCUGAGCUUGAGCCUGGGUCUGAUCGCAGCGAUGACUGCAGCGGCUGCCAGUCGAGCGCGCUUGAAGAUGGCCGUGCCGCCAGCGCCACGCUGGGGCGCCAACAUGCAAAUGCUGCGCAGGCACAACAGCGCUGCGUUCGACUACUGGACAGAGAAUAGCGAUAGCAAUAUUUGGGAGCACUGUGGACUGUUUGAGGGCGACAUAAUGCUGCAUCGCGAGCUGCUGCGCAACGGGCUGCUGAACGAGCGACAGACUUGGCCCGAGGCUGUGGUGCCGUUCUAUAUUGAUCCGCAGGACUUCACGGUCAACCAGACGAUGAUCAUACUCAAGGCCUUCAAGGAGUAUCAUGAGCGCAGCUGCAUACGCUUUCGUCCCUACGAGGAGGACGACAAGCACUGGCUGCUCAUCAAGGGCAACUACUCGGGCUGCUGGUCGAGCGUGGGUCGCCGCCAGGGCGGUCAAGUACUGAAUCUGAACACGCCCAAGUGCGUUACCCAUGGCGUUGUAGUGCACGAGCUGCUCCAUGCGCUGGGCUUCUAUCAUCAGCAGAGCGCCACGGAGCGUGAUGAGUACGUCAAGAUCAACUGGGAGAACAUACUCGAUGGCCACGCCCACAACUUUAAUAAAUACGCGCGCACGCACAUCACCAACUUUGGCGUGGAGUACGACUACCAAAGCGUGAUGCACUACAGCGCGCUGGCGUUCAGCAGGAAUGGCAAACCCACCAUAGAACCACUGGAUCCGUACGCAGCGCUGGGCCAGCGACGUGGUCUAUCCGACAAGGACAUCUCCAAGCUGAACGAGAUGUAUGAGCAGGACUGCGGCAGCUUCAAUGGCUUUGGCCUGGGCGGCUAUCUCAACGAGCUGUUGGACUACUUUGAAGGCAACUUAGCAGACUUGUUUGGUUAG